UAUAGGAAGGAGUCGCGGCCAGUUAGUCGUCGGCGCCAGUCGCUCGCACGGAGCCCCGCUGACUUGUCCCCCGGCGCUUCGUUCCCUGCUGCAGCGCUGGUCUUGCUGCUGUCUUUCCCGACGAGGAGCGGCACAUCCUUCACUACUGACCUCAUGGAGUCGGCAAGCUCCCCGGGGCCCACUGUCAGGCUGUAUGAAACCGCCAGCCAAGUGCCUCCUGCGCAAACACCUGUUACCAGCAAAGCCCCGCCGGACUCUACAUCUGUCGUGGUACAUCCCGGCGUCCUGGACACAGAGCUUAUGACCUUUGAGAUAGUCAAGUGGGAAUGGCAGUACGUGCAAGGACCCUACCUCAUAGUGGUGUGGAUCAUGGUGGCCAGCUUGGCUAAAAUCCUGUUCCACCUAUCCUAUAAAGUGACCAGGAUUGUCCCAGAAAGCUGCCUGCUGAUCAUGCUGGGCUUAGGUCUGGGUGGCAUAGUACUUGCUGCUACAAACAAACCUGAAUAUCAACUGGACCCUAAUUUAUUCUUCCUCUUUCUGUUGCCUCCCAUUGUGCUGGACUCUGGCUACUUCAUGCCCAGCAGACUGUUUUUUGAUAAUUUUGGGGCCAUCAUGAUGUUUGCGGUCAUUGGCACAGUCUGGAACUCCUUUACAACAGGGUUCGCUCUCUGGGGAAUCAAAAUGUCUGGACUGAUGAGUGACAAAGUGGACGCUGGGCUGAUGGAUUUCCUACUCUUUGGCAGUUUAAUAUCUGCUGUGGACCCAGUGGCUGUUCUAGCUGUCUUUGAGGAGGUCCACGUCAAUGAGACUCUCUUCAUUAUUGUCUUUGGCGAGUCUCUGCUGAACGAUGCUGUUACUGUGGUGCUGUACAAAGUGUUCAAUUCUUUUGUGGAGAUGGGAACCAUCAAUGUUCAUCCUGUUGAUUAUUUUAAAGGCAUUGCCUCCUUCUUUGUGGUGAGUGUCGGUGGCACCAUAGUUGGACUCUUCUUUGCCUUUGCCCUGGCACUGAUCUCCCGCUUCACCAAGCGAGUACGAAUCAUUGAGCCACUCUUCGUUUUCCUGCUGGUGUACCUGGCAUACCUGACUGCGGAGAUGCUCUCUUUGUCCUCCAUCCUUGCGGUAACGUUUUGUGGUCUGUGCUGCAAAAAGUACGUUGAAGCCAACAUCUCACAGAAGUCCCGCACCACUGUCAAAUACACCAUGAAGACUUUGGCCAGUAUUGCUGAAACAAUCAUUUUCAUGUUCCUUGGGAUCUCUGCUGUUGACACAUCUAAAUGGAUCUGGGACACAGCCCUGGUGCUGUUCACUCUGCUUUUCAUUCUAGUGUUCCGAGCCAUUGGUGUCAUUCUCCAGACCUGGGUGCUGAACCAAUUCAGGAUCUACCCCUUGGAUAAGAUUGAUCAAGUGGUGAUGUCAUAUGGGGGACUCAGAGGAGCUGUUGCAUUUGCGUUGGUAAUCUUACUCAAUGGGGCAAAGGUCAAAGCAAAGGACUACUUUGUAGCCACAACUAUAACAGUUGUCUUCUUCACAGUCAUCAUUCAGGGAUUGACCAUAAAGCCACUGGUGAAGUGGCUCAAAGUAAAACGUGCUGACCAACAUAAACCAACAAUCAAUGAGGAAAUUCAUGAACGGGCAUUUGACCAUAUCUUAGCAGCUGUGGAAGAUAUUGCUGGUCAGAGUGGGUACCACCACUGGAGAGACAAGUGGGAGCAUUUUGACAAGCGAUACCUGAGCCAGCUCCUGAUGCGAAAGUCAGCCUAUCGGAUUAAAGAUGACAUCUGGGACGUCUAUCACAAGUUGAAUGUGCGAGACGCCAUCAGCUAUGUCGAUCAGGGGGGUCACGUCCUGACGUCUGCCAAAAUGUCACUUGCCUCUAUGCCCAGUCGGACAUCUUUCUCAGAAAACUCUGUCACUAACCUGAUCCGUGAGAAUGGUAGCGGAGUGUGCCUGGAUCUUCAGGUAAUUGAUACCGUGAGAAGCAUCCGAGACAGAGAAGACACAGUUAUGCAUCACGUCUUGACGGGAAACCUGUAUAAGCCACGAAAAAGGUUCCACUCCAAUUACAGCCGACACUUCAUCAGUGCGAAUGAGCAAGAAAGGCAGGAAUGUGAGGUGUUCCAGAGGAAUAUGCGACGCCGGCUUGAGUCGUUCAAAUCUACCAAACACAAUGUCUACCCGACCAAAAGCAAGGCACGUCACAAAAGGGAUAAAAGUCAAAAAAAGAAAAACAAUGAUGCAAAUGACACCAUUCCCAAUGGCAAACCCAGAAGAAACAUCAGCUGGCAAAAUCCAGCUCCUAUUGCUGUGGAAAUUGAAUCUGAAGAUGAAGGGAAUGACAAUUCAGAGACUGAGAAGGAUGAAGGAAUUACCUUUGUAGCUCGAGCUGCUGAUGAGGUCUUUCAGGAGAGAAAACCAUCAAGUAACCUAGAUGUAUGCCAGAGCCCAUGUGUCAUUCCCCCAUCACCGACAUGUGCAGAGAAGGAGCUGCCUUGGAAAGGUCGGCAAGGUGACUUACCUGCCUGUGUUUCCUCUGAGACAACCAAGAUCGUGCCUCUUGAUAUGCAGCAAGCAUGGAACCAAAGCAUCUCCUCACUGGAAAGCCUGGCAUCGCCACCCAUCACUGAGAUUCAACUGCAGCCCACCCUGGCAGAGCUAGAUGAAUUUCCUUCCCCCGGACCAACCCCUCUCCACCUAGCCCGGUUUCAGUUUCCUGAUAGCACUUUGACUACCCAACAGAACAGCGAUGAUGAAAGUCCGGACUCCAUCCAGCAGCAAGAGCUGCAGCCUCUUGUGUCCUAUGAAAGACCCUCCUGGCUGGGCCAGUCGGCCAGCUCUGCUGGCACCCGGUGGCCCGUUCAAUUUAACAGGGCCAGUAGAGUUUCUCUCCUCAAAAAUUUGGUUUCUGGCUCAACAAGUAAUCUCGGUGGACAGUCGUCCAGUAGCCAGACAGAUCUUUAAUUAAAGGACCAUUGUUUAUUCUAUGGUACUUAAACUGAGCACUUUAACAAAACAAAGAUUUUGGAUUUUUUCUUUACACAUUCUUUUUAAUACUUUAUGUGGAUUUUCUAAAAUUAUUUUUAUUGAUGAAUAUGACACAAAUCCAAAGUUAUAUUUAAGACAAGGUGUGUUUGUUGUUAAGGCAAAUAGGACGAGCACAAAAAAACCUACAUACAAGGAUUUAUUUCAUUGCACAUUAAAGAUAACAACUGUUAAGUUAUUAUCUUGUUCAUAAUGAAUACACUUCAUAAAUUCAGUACUAUCCUUAUAAUUAUUUGUUUUUUUGUCUAUUUUGGUAGAUAUCAUUAACAGACUUACAAUUAGGCUUUUGUGUUUCAUGUCACUGUUUGACAAAUAUAUAGAAAUAUAUAAAUGGAUAAUAAUGAUGCACUUUGAAAAUGAAAGCUUGGUGCCUUCUUUCAUGCACCUGGUCCAUAAUGUGCAUGCUGCUAGGACAUAAAUGCCAUUUUUCAAUAACUAAUUUUAAAAAUGAUAUUUAAUAUUAUUCUAUCUGUAUACAUACACACAUGUACAUAUAAUUUCCAUGCCUCAAUAGACUGGUGCCUUUUAUAUAUUCUGACAUUUGUUAAAAUUUCUUUAAUCUUCAAAUCGCUGUCUGAAUUAAAUACGACCUACAGUACUAAAGUCCUAAUGGACUAUUAGAAUUUUGAUUUAGACAAAUUACUCAUUAGCAAUGAUCAUGAUCUACCCAAACAUGGUCCUUUCAACUGAUUCACAGAUUUCCCUUCAGGUGUGGCUAGUAUUUAUUUUAUUUGGCUAUGAGCCACAAGUAUUGUCUUAAAGUUUCGUCUUUAAGCCUCUGAUAUUUUGACCUGUCUACCCUGACAUUUUGUGAGCAUAAAAAAGAUUUUUAAAUAUAGCUGCUAUGUCACUGUAGUUAUUGAUUAUUAAAUCAGGUAUUUUGAUAAGUUAAUUUUCACUACUUUAAAUUUGUGAUCAUUUUCUGCCAUAAGUAAAAAGUUUAGACAUUACCUUUUCAGACAAGUAAUCAAAAAGGCUAAAUUAAAUUAAAGCUCAACCAGAAAUGCAAUCCGUUUUAUGUGAGCACAAACCACUUUAAAGUGGUUCAAUAUAAGAUCAAUAUAACAAAAAAUGUGUUAAAUAUCUCUCCACCCGUUCAUUUUCUGAACCCACUUUUAAACCCACCUUUAAAAAAAAUCAGGUUUCAGUGCAACUAGAAAAACCAUAAUAUUAAGUAUUAUUGUUUGACUGUGGCAGUUUCAUAAUUCAGUAUAGAAUAGGUGGGUUUUUAGGGAGGUUUUUUUCAAGGAUGGGGUUGAAUUUGUAGAAACCUCUCAGAAGAAUAUAAAACAAAGGUUAAGAAACUGGAUGCCACAAAGUUUAAUGACUCUUUGCCAAAAGUAGUGAAGUAAAGCUUUGGAUUUUUCAUAAUGUGUGCUUUAGGUAUCUCUUUCUUGCCUAUCAUACUGUUUUCAGAUAGAAAUAACAGUACAGAAAUGUAUUUGGAAGUCUUGUUGGUGAGUGGAAGUGUCUGUAAGAUGAUUUCAGAAUGGGCACAAGGCCAGAAACACUGGGCUAGUUGAUGGAUCGUGGUUUGUGAUUUGUAUCAACACUAACACUGACUAGCAGCAUUCUGUAUCAGGGGUACCUGCUGCAUCUGUCUGUGAGAUAAGUGGCUGGUGGAUUAUUCAAUGGCCUUGGUACUGAAAGGCUGAGGCCGGAUUAGUGCACCAAAAAUGUUUUUCUCAAUAUGAGGAUUCGUUUAUUCCCUUUUGGUUCCCAGAUAUUCCAGUACAAUCUCAGCUAUUACAAGUACCUAUCUCCUGACAAAGCCAAAAAGCACCAAUGGUAUCCUUCAAUCCAUCCAUUUUUGACUUGCAUAAUCCAAUUAAGAAUUACAGGGGGUUGGAACCCUUUCCACUAGUAUCAGAUGUAAAGCAGGAACCCACCACAGGUGUGAUGCCAGCCUGUUACAGGCUACACACACAUACAUACCCAUAUUUAUGCAAAUAGGUCAACUUAGAAUUGCCAAUAAACUUAGCAGCAUGUCUUUGUGAUUUUCGGGGAAAUCUGGACAACCCAGAAAAAAUGCCAAACAAGCACAGAAAGGACAUGUUAACAAAGAAGAGGCCUCUAUCUCUGUCUUUAUAUAUAUAUAUAUAUAUAUAUACAGUAGAGUCUCACUUAUCCUACCUUCGCUUAUCCCAAAUUCCGUAUUA